ACGAUAGAUAAAAAAUUGAAAAGUAAUGUAUAUCAAUUAAAAGAUACAAUCUCGCUCGAGAAUUCAAAUAGGCAAUUUUUAGCUAACAACUGCAGUUGUUCGAAAUGCAGCAAAGGAUAUUUUACAAACGUGAAAAUUCUCACAAAAAAAUCAGCUUUAAUUUAUUAUGUAAGCAUAUUGCAUUUUACAGUUUAUUAUUUGUUUUCAAAGUGCUCGGAUUAUCACCUUGGAAAAUUAAUACAUCUAAAAUAUUAGGAGCUCCAAAUCAGAACGGUAAUCAAGAAAGCCUCGCGAAAGUGUCAAAAUAUGGAUCAUUGUACAAUAUUUUACUGAUAAUAAUUUUACCUGCAUACCUUGCAAUGGAAAUAAUAUUGGCGGAGGGAAAGGACGAGAAAAGGAAUUCAAAUCUGGUAAGAACAGUCCAAAUAUAUUUGCAGUAUUAUGGAAUUUUGGUUAUUGUUGGCAUCUGGUUAAAUUAUGUCAUGCAGCAGAAAAAGAUUGUGAAUAUCGUUAACGGGCUGUGGCGUAUUGAUAACAAUCUAAUGGGUUGUAAUAGAUACACCUGCAAAAGUGAAUGUCGGUUGUACAUCAUUCCUUUGAUAAAUUUUUUUUUAUGUGGUUGUCAAUCUGGCUUUCAUAUUUCAUUUUGUGGAAUUCAUAUAGCAUCUCUGUGGAUUACGCCGCUUAUCAUAGGCAGUUGGGUCUUGAUCGAGUGCACACUUCUGUUGAAUAUUAUUUUUCAACUAUUCGAAAGCAUUGAUGCCAAAAUUCUUGACCUCGGUGGUAUAAAUGAUAUAAAUGAAGAAAAUUUUUACCAGACAAUCAAUUUAAAAGUUUUACUAAAAGAGUCUGAUAUUAAGGACAUUAAUUGCAUAAACUUUUCAAUCAUGCAACUAUGUGAAAUUUUUGAUCAAAUAAGGGAUUUUUAUGCGAUUCCGACAUUGAUGAUUAUUAUUUAUUUCAUUACUUCAACAACAUUCGCUUUAUAUGUUACGAUUGUAGAACUUUUCUUCAAUAAAUUAGAGUUCCCGAUGUUUGGCUUGGAUAUCACUACAUGGAUUUUGAUAAUAGUCUUUAAUGUUGUCGUUUUUACUUCAAACGUCACGAGGAUCACUCGAAAACUUUCGAAAAUUCCACACCACAUUUGUUUGCUCCUUCAUCGAUGUUCAAUGAAUUUAACUAUUAAAGAAGCGCUAUUUGAUUUAUUGCGUGAUAUAUCAUACAGAAAUUUAAAUUUUACUGCUUAUGGGGUAAUCACACUCGAUGGAUUUCUUCUACAAACGAUUAUUGGAACCAUAAUAACUUAUCUAAUUAUUCUUCUCCAGUAUCGUAAUUAACAAUUAAAUAAUUAAUAUUUUAUUGAGGCUGUGCUGUG